UAAAAAAAUUGGUGCUCCCGUUUUCACUUUCACAAGAUUUUUUCGAAUUGCAAAACGAGAAAAUUUGACUUGCCGAAAUGAAAAGUAAAUGGCUUUUUCUAUAUUAAAUCGGAUCUUAUUUGCAAAAGGAAAAAAAAGUAGUUGACUUAUUGGUUUAUUGUCGUUCUUUUAAGACCUCUAGAAGAUCAAUUAGUCUUGUAAUUAUUUUUAAAACGAGUAAUUUCUGACCCCACCUCAAAUUUGGAUAUCAAAUUUUGCCGUCGGCAACAACAAUUUUCGUUUUGGUGAGCGACCGAUAGGUCCGACACCAUGAGUUAUCGCCUAAGCUGCCAUACUUUCGAUAGAAUGAAAAAGCAAGUUAAAAAUACUUGUAUAAUCAAACGGAUGGCGAUAAAUUUGUUGAAGUUGGGUAAAAUAUGUUUUUUAAAAAUUAAUUAAUUUAAUUUAAUUAGUUAUGUGCUAAAAGUGUAUAAAAAAAAUUGUUGGAAUAACCGGAAUGAAAUGCAUUAAAAAGGUGGCAUCCCCAUUUUUUGUGGGAAACAGCUGAUUGCCGUUCAACCGAAUUUUAAAAAUGUGAGUAAAAAAAGUUUAUUUUUAUAAAAAACAAAAAUACUAAUAUAUUGUUUGCAGGGGAAAACACAAAUCAACAUUCCAGGAUGAAGUCAUUCUUAAUUUUAUGCAGGACAAUGAAAGUAUGGCGCGUGGAUUCGCCAAAGGCGAUCGUGUGGCUGCAGAAGCUAAAUGGAGCGAGCUUGCCGGUGCAUUGAACGCAAUUGGACCUCCAAUUAAAGAUGUUGCGGGAUGGAAAAAGGUUUGGUGCGAUUGGAAGGCGAAUAUUCGCAAGAAAAUUGCCCAGAAUAAGGCAGAGGUCAGAGCUACGGGCGGGGGUCCUUACUGCCAGCAACCGCUGACAGCCAUGGAGAAGGACGUGGCAAAGCUCUGCGGGCUCUUUGAGAUGGUCGAUGGAGUUGGUGCUGUGGCAUAUGGAGCACCAACCACCAUAAUAGAAGAAGAGGUGGCUAAGGAGGAACCGAGCCGCAAGCGUCGCCGCACAGCUGCUGAGGUUCAUUUGCAGAGUCUGUGCGUAGCUCAAGUUGAGGAAAUGAAGUUAAUCAAUUCAACAAUGUCCAAGCAUUUCCAAAAAUGGUAA